AGUGGGAAAGCGGCAUGUUUCGAGGACCACGCAAGCAAGCAAGCAAGAAAGGAAGGAAGUUGCAAGGUUUCAACUGGCCGAGCCUCCGUAAACAAGGCAACCAGGCGCAGGCCCAUCCAGCUCUUCGCUAAAUGCGGAAAGGAGAAGCCAUGAUGUGCAGCGCUUUCACGAAGCAGACCUCACCUCUAUACGUCGCAGAAGCCGUCGUUCCUGUCGCAGUCGCUCCCGCGCCAGUGGCGGUCAAGAUGCAUUGUCGGCCACCAGCACAAAAGUCCAGAGAGUCCCGGAGUGUCCGCACCAAAUCGCUGGAAAGCGUCCUGGUGCGCCUGGACGAUCCCUGGCAGCCCGCGUCGAGCACUGUGAUGAAAACAAGGCUGCUAACAAGCGUGUCGGAAGAAAGCCGUCCAGACGUGGGCAUUGGACCUUCUAAGGUUGCCUCCGCCAGCAGUGUCGAGAGGAGUUCCUCGCAUCGAGUCGCAGACCCCAUAGUAAUCCGGCUGUUUCCGGCCUCAGGAAAGACCUGGCCCACCACAACUGCAACUGAAAGCAAGACAAUCGAAGCCAGCACUGCCUGCUGCCGAUGCGCGUGCGGAGAACGGCGAGUAAGGCCGACUACUUCCAUCGGAACGGACACAGAGACGGACAAGGCGGAGGUAAAGCGCCAGGACUCGCGUAUCUGCAUUUGCGGUGCUGGCCCAGUGGAGCACCAGGCGGCGGCUCCUGCUGUAUUUUCAGAGCCGCCUGUCGUGAGGACCCGUGCCCAGGAGAAGCAGCGCGCCGUGAUCGAGCCACUGGUGGCGCGAGCGAAGAGCCGAGACAGCACCCGCGCGGCCUUUCAUAAGGUUGCGAAGGCAUGUAGCCCACCACAUAAGCCAGAGCUCACGCGGUGCUGCAACAAAGACCGGCUGCUGACCUGGACGAUUGGCGUGGGUCUCAUGGUGGGCAGCCUCCUCAUCGCCCUGCUUCUGCUGGUGGUGGUUGUGUAUGGAGGAGAUAGGAACGCCGCCAGUGCAGUGACUGCGGCGCAGCCGAAGAAAAUCGCGCCCACAAUAGAAAGUAACUGGCAACCUCCGUUGCGGAAAGCCCACGCACAAGCUCACCCCUCGGCAAACACCGGAAUGAAGCCGAAGGACUUUGGUUGGGACGAGGAAAACCGCACGGACUCGGACCGCUCACCGUUUUCAACAACGGGCGAGCGCGUCUAGUCAAAACUCUACCGAUUUGAAUAAUACUUGUACCUAUUUCGAAGUAUCUGCAAUUAUGCUGUAGCAUCGCUAGCAUGAAAUAAAUUGUUAUUCUUACACUCUA